CUUUUGAAUCCAUGACUCACGUUUAAUUUCGUUUGUCUGAUUGUCUAGUUUCAUCAUACAUUCGUCAGAAAGUCUUAUUAAAUUGCCGGUUUCGAUCAUCUAUUUACCAGUGCAGGUACAGAAACAGCAAAAAUGAGUCUACAGUGGACAAUAAUUGCCACGUUUUUAUACGCGGAGAUUGCGGUGGUUCUGCUCUUGACUCUGCCAAUUGCGAGUCCUUCUAGAUGGCAGAAGUUCUUCAAGUCAAAGUUUCUAGCUUACGUAAGUAGUCAAGCGUCUAUUUACUUCCUCGUACUGGUCGGCGUGUUGAUUUUAUGUUUGCUGGAUGCGAUUCGCGAGAUGCAGAAGUAUUCUAGCAUCGAGCCGACAGAUCAUCAGCAUUUGGAUGCGGAGAUGCAAGGAAAUAUGCGUUUGUUCCGCGCACAGCGAAACUUCUACAUUUCUGGCUUCGCAUUGUUCCUUCUUAUUGUGAUUCGUCGUAUGGUGCAGAUGAUUUCUGAAUUGGCGACCCUGCUGGCUCAAUGUGAAGCGAAUUUCAGGCAAGCGCAAAGCGCCACUGUUGCCGCCAAAUCUCUGAUAAGUCAACAAGGCGCCGGAGACGAGAAAAGCAAGCAGGAGGUUGAGGAACUUAAGAGUAAAAUUGAUGUGUUGGAGAAAGAGUUGAUUAGAGAGAAGAAGGAUAAAGAAGCUGUGAAAUCUCAAGCUGAAAGUCUGAACAAGGAGUAUGAUCGCCUUGCAGAGGAGCACAGCAAGUUGCAGAAGAAGAUUACUGUCGCAAGCGGGGAUAAGAAGGAUGAAUAAAGACUGAGAAAUUUGUGAUUGUGACAAAAUGAUUGUUACUGGCCAUCAUGAAAAGUAAGAUUGAUAUUGGCUUGACAUUUAAAUAUUGGCUUGUAUUAAACUGCAUUUCAUCAAAAAUUUGUCAGAAAGUAUUUUGCAUUUCAUCGUUAAAUAUCUUUGCAUUUCAUAAGGCGCACAUAUGCACGUAUGUCAGCUACUUGCGCAGUAACUGGCAUACAAGUGAGUAUGCUGCUGGUAUGUGUAUUUCUGCUAUUAUUGUAGCAACAUUAUUAUCUCUAAUACCUCCAGUGGAAUGUUUACAGUUAAUUAUUCAUGAUUAUGUCAUGUGUAGAUGGUGACUAAGAAAAGUGAGGUAUAUAUAUAUGUUAAUUGAUUGUGAAUAUCUACUGUAGAAGCCUUAUAUUGAAAUCCAAAAAAUGAUUGUUCAUAAUUUUUCCCAAUUUUGUUUGUAAUCUUCUCAAAAAUGUCUAAUUUAUUUUUGUAAGUGAUUAUUUAAUUUAACUUGGAUUGUGUUUAUGAAGUUGAUGUGGGUGUGAACAAUAUAUGGACUGAAAAUUGAAUGGAAAUAUGUUCAAAAAUAUACAAGAAAUCUUCAUGAAUAGUCAUUGUCUUGAUGUAAUGGGCGCUCGUUUAUUAUCAGAGUAAAUAUUGUUUUUAGGAGAAAUCUUAAUUCUACCUUGUCGACUAUGUUGUGCAUAUUUUUUUAGUUUUAGCAGUGCAUUUUUGUUGGAAAUAUGUUUGCUUGAAUUUGUGUGUGUACGAAAAUCAUUCAGAAUCUAAUUGUACCUAGCUGUUAUGUCAUUUCUUUUAUACCUUAAAAUAGGUGGUAGAUUUUUUUAGGUCUCCUUACACAUUAUCUGAUCGAUUGAUAUAAGACAAACAUUAUAUCUUAAUAAUGUUUGUCUUAUAUCAAUAGAUCUUAAGAAAUGAUGAGUUAAUUAGUACUGAUAACAGUGACAAGCAACAUUUAAUAAAUAUAUAUAAUAUAUGAAUAUUUAUUUAAAUAAAUGAUCUAAAAGUUUUUCAUGGUGUUAGGUACAGCUUAACAUCGAAAGACUUGCUAGACUAAUACAAUUAUUUAUAAGAUUGAGCUUACACGAAGUCAACUGCAGAUUCUUGAAAAAUGGUAUUUGAAUAGUUUUUGAGGAUUAACUGAACAAAAUGGAAGUCUGGCUCCACUCCACCCAUUUUCUGAAAUAAACUGGCCUCAUUUUUGUAUUCACCUGCUGUGAAAACAAGCAAGGUACCUGACAUUUCGGUAUUUUUUUGUAUAAAUAUUUUAUGAUGUCAUAACAUAAUGCAUACAUAAAUUGAAUCCUUGUAAAAUUUGUUCAUUUUAAUGAUUUAUAACUUUGCUUUGUAUAAAUUAAAUAUUCAACUAAUGUUUGGGUAAAUGGCAAGCAAAGUUGCACCUAGUUUACACAAAUCACAUACACGGCUAUGAUAAAAUGUUGUAUGGUACCUCAAAUAUUAUAUUUUCAUACGGCGCACGAUACUUGUGAUAUUUAAAAAAAUGUUUAUGGUUUUGAUUUUCCAAAAUUAGUCGAAUCUGAAUUUGUGUACACUAGGCUUAAGGUAUUUGGUAGUUUCUAAUACUAGGUAAGUUAUUUUGGCGGUGUGUUUAAUAAUAUAUUAUGUUUUUAUUUAUA